AUGCUGAUCGCUGAUUUCCGGGAUUUUGUGCAGUUCUGCGCCUCGAAACUGCCGACCGACUGGUUCUGGGAUGCCGUCCUCGAGUCGUUCCACCUGCAGGACGUGUUCGCUUGGGCCGGGCGACCGCGACGCCCUGAAUCCCAAGAUGACGAUGCCCAGGCCCUGGUCACCGAGAUCACCGGAUUUAAGAUCACGAAAAAGUUUCGAAUGAAGGUACGCUCGGAAACAGAUGGCGGUCCGCUAAGUCCAACAGCAGAAGGGAGCCCGGCGAUGGCUGGGGAUUCGACAGAAAGCCAAGACUCGCGUGCCGAGCCCGGGGCCAAGGUCGCCAAGAUGGAGGGGACAAGUGGAUCCCCAGGAAUUCAGACGCCGCUGCUAUCGCCGAGCCAAGAAGCUGGUCCUAGCUCGCCAAGACCCGCUCCCUCCUCCUCAUCUACCACACCAGAACAGGGCGACGGAAAAGUGGUGAGCAACCCGUACUUUAAAAGACGAGGCAGCCUGAGCGGCAGAUCUUCUCCGCCACCCCCGGUAAUCCAUGAGAUUUGCUGGAAGGGCCAGAAAUCGGACGUCGUCACCCGCGAGGACUGGAUCCCGCCGCUCGUCUCGGGGGCGUUGAGGACAAUCGCUCAGUGCAUCGUGAUGAAGGGCAACUGGGAGCCGGACAGCCGCAAGGUCAUCCACAACGAGCUCAUCUACGAGCUGUGCAUCAGCGAUCAUACGAGGAGCCGGCUGAAGGCUUGCGUCUCGGACAAGGGCAGCCGCGGAAUCCCCGAUGGUGAGAGCCUCUUCGAGCAGCAGCUGGCCAAGGUGGCCGACUUUGUCCAGCCGACGAGCACGACGCAGGGCAUGUACAGACUCAAAGAUGAAGCCUGGCUGACCGAUUUCUGCCCGAUUCCGCUCCAAGUGAGAGCCAUGACGAACAGGGUGUGGGCCGAGGUGCUGAAUCGGGUCCAAGAGCGUGACCGCGCCCGGCUCGCUGCCGACGAUCCCCGAAAGAAGGCCACCACUCCGCUAUGGGUCCCUUAUCGCUUGAUCAACUUCCACUCGAACAACCCGAUGGAGAUGGCGCUGGGCGGACUCGUCGAAUGCGAGCGCUUCUUCGAGAUGUCGGUCAUCGUGCUGCGGGCUGUGGCCCAAACCCACCUGGUGCACGAGAACAGCCUGCAACUGGUCGUCUACCUCCUAUCGCUCAGCCUCAAAUUUGCUCAAGUGAUUCCGGACGAGCGUCGCGAGAAGCUCGUCUCCCAUUUUACGAAGAUUUAUCGGGUUCAUGACAUUGACGGGUUUAGAGAGACUCAUCUCCUCGGCACGCUGCUCCGCUUCUGCAACGACGCGGCGACGAAGGCGCCAAGCGCGGAAUUCGUACGGGUUCUCCAGAAUGAGCUUACUCACGAGCCGGUGGACCGGAUCAUCGGCGGCCAAUUUGAAUACAUCGCGCGGGUGUGCAACCUGUUGGCUUUAGUUUCUCCGGCCGCAAGGACGAUCCUCGACAAGCUGUACAAAAACACGCAGCAGCAGCCCGACUCCCCCGCCGAGAGCACGGAAAGCAGCGAGCGUCGCGCGGCCGCCAAGCGGCGCAUGGAACAAUUUUUGGCGCGGAACAAGCAGCAAAAUCAAGAGACGAUGAAGAAAAUUAUGGAAGCCGAGGGCGUGACGCAAGACGAAGUGGAUGAGAUGGACACGAGUGGGGAGCAAGUGAAGCUGUACGAUUGCCCAAUCUGCGGCGACUCCACGCCGAACACGCUCGAGAGCCCGGUGGGGAUGAUGUGUCGCUUGACCCCGAAUUUCAUCGUGGGGGCGAUGGUCGACGUUGAUGCGCCGCCGGCCACCCUGCUGGAGAUGCACAACAAAUACGGCGAGCAGGGGCUGUCGGUGGACCGGAAGAGCCGGAAGGCUUGGGACCAGCGUCGCGCGGCCCUCUACACCAAGGGCUGCGAGCAGGUCGGCGCCGAGCCGAUCCAACCCGGCCAGUCGCGCGUCGACCUCCACCGCUACCAGUAUCAAAUCGAGGCCGACUGCGAGCACGAGCUGAAGACGUGCGGACACACGGCCCACAUCGCCUGCAUCGACCACUACACGGCCACGCUGAAUUUCCAGGAUCUCGGCCUUGAGCACCAGUACCCCUUCGAGAUGAACUGCCCCUCUUGCCGUGCCCAAAUGAACUGCGUGCUUCCGCUGAAGCUUGACCUGGCCGAUGAAGCGCCGAUCCAUCGCCAAACCGAGAUGACGCCGGAUGUGAUCAAGGAGAAAGUGCUGCGUUCGGUGACUGAGUGCCAGCGGUGUUUUGAGAGCCAAGACAUCCAACGUCUUUUCAAUGCGCACUACGGCGGCAACCUGCACGGCAUCUACGAUCGCCAGCGGUCGGAUCACCUGUCGCUGCACAACUACCUGGUGGCGUUGAUCAAAGGCAACGUCGAGCGCAACCUGGUCAGAGCCCAGCUCAACAUGAAGCCGAAGACCAGCCGGACGUCGAUCGCCGAAAAUCUGAUCCCCGCACUGGCCCACCAUUCCCCGCUCGCCGAUCGGAACAUGACGCUGCUCGCGACGAGGGAUCUUUUUGAAAUCGAGCCCCCUCCGCAAACCUUCGUCUCGCAGCAAGUGCGCUUCUACGACCGAAUAAUGCACGUCGACGAGCAGAUGGAGAUGAUGAGGCCGUCAAAACCACCCGAAGAGAUCGACAUGGACGAGGUGCUGUACCGGACUUCGGACGUGCCGCUGCUCAUCGCCGAGCCAAAAGCCCUCCUCGUGCGCCUCACCGCCUUCAUCAUCGCCAACCCAGAGUUGAGCCCGCCCGAGAAAAAUGCGCUUUGUCAAGCCGUUGCGAAGCGGUGCCACGAUGUGGCGUUGCUGCGCGCCAGCGUGCAGCUCCACCUCCGGAGCAACGAGCGCGAUCUGCGGGAAACGGCGACAGCUGACUACGGCCCGUUGCGCUACCACUUUGUCGUCGCCGAUGCACUGGUGAACACUCCGUUGAUCGCCGAGAAGGCCAUCCAGCCGUGCGACCGGAUGCCCGACUUUUCCACCGUGCUCCCCGAAGUUUCGGCCCACUUCCUGCGCUUCAUCACCCAGCUGUGGCUCGAGAUCGGCAUGGCCGAGGGGACGCUCGAGGAGUUGUGCUCGAAAAUCGCAAUUUCUGCCGACAUGAGAUACUCGGACGACGUCAUUCGCCGUUUUGUCAAAGCCGCCGCGCCGGCGUACGUCAUGCAGCAGGGCUGCGGCUUUCCGCUGAGCCGGGAGCCGAUCCUCUACCGCCCGUGGACGAUCCUCGAGCUGCCCGACAACUACGAGGACAUCUUCGAGAAGUUCUACCGCCGGAAGUGCGUCCACUGUGGCGAAUGCCCGGCCAAUCCGUUCAUCUGCCUGCUCUGCUCCCAAAUCUGCUGCAUCACCUCGUGCUGCGACCAGACGCACGGCCAGGUGGCGCAGAACGAGGUGGAGCGCCACGCCCUCGACGCCGAGCACGGGCUGUCCAUUUUCCUGGCGAUGAGCACGUGCUGGGUGUUCAUUGUGCGCAAGCGGCGCUACCUCUCCUGGGGCGGCCUCUAUCUCGACAAGUACGGCGAGGAGGACAAGUGGAUGCGCCGCGGCAAGCCGCUCUUCCUCAGCAAAGAAAGGAUGAAAGCGCUACAGAACGAUUGGGUCGAGAUGAGCUUCCACGAUCAGGAGCGGCGCGGCUGGCACCAGUUUGAAGAGCUGAUCCAAGACAUCGAAAGCCGCAACAUGCAC